AUGGAACAUUCCGAGACAGGAAAAAUCCCGGAUCCCGACCCCGCCAUGGAGCUAUUCACACUACUCCGGGCCUCCACACCCGGCGCCGGCGCUCGCCUCGGCCGCCUCUCACUCCCUGGCCGCAACCCUAUCGACACCCCAAACUUCUUUUCCGGGACCUCUCGCGGUGUCGUGCCCCACCUGACCCCGGACAACCUCUGUCGCCAUCAUGACAUGGUUCGCGGCGCCUACAUGGCCUUUGAGGAUUUCAUAGAACGAAACCAAAAGGACCCGACCCGCAUCGCGCCACUGCUGCAGACGGCAGGCAAGAUGAAGACGGCGCGGCCUCCCCUGCACGCCUUCACCGCCCUGCCCGAGCCCAUCCCUACCGUGCUCGGCGCCCGCCGCAUGCCCCCUGCCGCCUGCAGUCUGGGGAACAUGGCUGACUCAGUGUCUGUCUUCACCUCGACGGGGGUGCAGACCCUCACCACGGCUCAGUACGCUGAUGCCAUUAUCAACCUGAAGCCCGACGUCGUCGUGCCCAUGGCGGAUCUCACCUUUACUGCUGGCACUCCCAGCUCCAAGCGGGCGGUGCGCAUGGCCGACCGGACCGAGGACUGGAUGAUCAGACUCCGGAAACAGCUGGAAGGUGGUGCCAAGUCGACCAAAACCGCCAUCUUCGCCCCGACCCUCCCGAUUCCGCAUCCUAUCCAAUGGGAGUAUCUACGCUGUCUGAACGAGGACAUGGCUGACUUCAUCAAGGGCUUGGCCGUCUACGACGUCGACAUCCUCCCGGAACUGCCCGGCUACGAUAACCUCAACCUACUCCCCCGGCUAUCCCUGGAUCUGCCCAGCACACCGCACCAGAUCCUGCGGCAGAUCUCCCUAGGCGCAGAUGUUAUCCUCCUCCCAUUUAUCAACACCUUCUCCGAAGCCGGUGUCGCCUUCACCUUCACCUUCCCCCCAUCAUCUACCGAGCAAAACCCAUCCACCCUCCUCCCGCUAGGCGUCGACCUAUCCUCCCCGACGCACAACACCUCCCUCUCCCCGCUCUCCGACGGCUGCACCUGCCCGGCCUGCGCCACCCACCACCGCGCCUACGUGCACCAUCUCCUCUCCGCCCGCGAGAUGCUCGCCUGGACCCUGCUGCAGAUGCACAACCACCACGUCGUCGCGUCCCUGUUCGCCGCCGCCCGCGCCUCCCUGGCCAAGGGGACGUUUGAGGCUGACGCGGAGCGCUUCGCCGCCGCUUACGAAGCCGACCUCCCCGUCGGCGGCGGCGAGAGGCCCCGCGCCAGGGGCUACAACAACGGCAAAGGCCGCGGGCCCGGAGAAGCCCCUCCGCCGAGACUCAACCGGCCUGCGUGGGGGAAGCUGGGUGAGGUUAAUGGCGUCGACGCCGCCGCCACCGCUGCUGCUGUUGCUGCCGUUCCUGCUCCUAUGGAUUUGGCAUGA